UCCAAUAAUGCCAAUAAUCUGUGCAAUGCCAUUCUUUGGCUCUCUAUUCUCUACCACCAAGCCUGAUCGCAUCCGAAAGAGCAUUGGCCCUAUUUCAUCAGUCCUCAAACGACAGCAGCCAUACAGCUCUCCUGCCAGACCUUUAUCUCAACCAAAGGUCAAUCCAGAGUCUGGAAAACCCGAAGUAGUGACCGAGAGUGCAAUCCUCAGCAACUUCCCUCGGCCAAACCUGAUGCCAACUCUCCAUUUCUCUCUCUUUGGACUCCAAAACUCACCUCCCUCUGAAGAUACUUUUCGAGCAAAAAAGUGUACCAACUGUGCUGGCCCUCACUCCACUGACUUUUGCCCCUGUUAAUCAUAAAUAACCCCCUCCUAUAUUUAUCACUCUCUAUCUAUUCCUUUAUCUCCCUCCUUAUCCAUAUAUAUCAACCUACUUACGCCUGUAACAUACUCUCGACAUGAACGAAUUCUCAUUGAAUUGUCUUUAUUGUUUCCUCUCAAACCCUCUUUCCCCUCGGUAGAUUAACUAUUUCAUAGAUGUUUUAAUCCUUCUUUUUCGCUUCUUUAUCUCGCUCUUCUUUUAUUUCAUUUGUCUACCUUUCUACAUACAAAUUUAGCUUCAUUCUCAUUAUUAUUCUGCAAAAUAAACAACCUUCAUGUCUGUGUCAUGUU